CCCCCGCAGUUUUAAAAUGACAGAAACUGACCCCCGCACAUUUGAUAAGGGCUGCUUAAGUCAGUAUCAAACUAAAACAGUAUAAAAAAAGCUACAAACUAGCUUAGGAUAUUUUCUUUCAAAUGAGACCAUUUUCACGUUUCUGUGAGCUUUCGUUCGUAAAUAAUCAACUGUUUUGUCGCGGUUGUGCAGAACAGAAAAUGCGCUCUCUCGAACGGAGAAACAUGUGAUCUCCAAACCAUCGAUCAAAGCAUGGUAACGUUUUCUGAGGUCAUGUCGAUGGUAUAUAAAUCAUGUCUGAAAGUUAGCAUUCGUGGGGACAUGUCAAUCAAGUCAACCGUCCAUUCAGAAACCGAGAAAUUUGACACAGGCUGAUCUCUCACAUUCAGUUCCGGCUGACGCGCGAGCUGGCUUGACCGAAGUUUUUGUGAGGAUUUAUAGUUUAUGGACUGUUUUGAUUUCGAUAAUCACAUCUAGCAACGGAAAAGCAUCGAUAAAAGAGAUCUUUGAAAGCGAAACUGAAGUGAUGAUUGCCUCGGCCAGCGACGCAAUGGGGAGGACGCACGAGAGGAGAGGACUCUGCGUUUGUUUCUGUUAAAGAUUAGUGAGCAGCAGCAGCAGCUGACACAGCUGGCAUCACAUCGCCAGGAGGCAGACGGGUGACGCUGAGGUGAUGCUCAACACAGAUUGCCAAGGUGGCUUUGAGCCACAGCGAGCUCCUUUUGUCCUCUCCUCUCUUACUCCUUACCCCGUCCUCAAUCCCAGUUGCCCUUGCCAGUCCAUCUUUAAACAUGUCAACACCCAGCGCAACGAUCAUGAGCAACACCGUCGGGGCAUUUACCGGUGCAGUCAUCCUUAGCCUCGUGUUCCUCCUCGGCGUUCCCGGGAACGUCUUCAUUAUCUGGAGCAUCCUGGCCCGAGCUCGCAAGCGCUCCGUCACCACCCUUCUGAUCCUAAACCUGGCCUUCGCAGACGGGUUCCUCAUGCUGCUGACGCCCUUCUUCAUGGUUUAUUUGGCAAAACGCAGUUGGAUUUUCAGUGAGGCACUGUGCAAAGUGUUGUUCUAUCUCUGCUGCGCCAACAUGUACGCUUCUAUAUUGCUGAUCAUGCUGAUGAGUUUGCACAGGCUGGUGGCAAUAGUGUGGCCGAAACACAUCGCCGCGGUGACCGACCGCAAGGCGCUUACACGGGUGCUGGUGGGACUCUGGGUUCUUGCUCUGGGACUCUCAGUGCCUGUCUUGGUUUACAGGAAAGUUACCCCAACUGGGAACGGCACCGCAACUGGGAACGGCACAGAGCCUCAGAGUUUUGUGUGUGGCUGCACACACCCACAACCCCGAUAUGUGGUGAUGCAGUACUGUAUGGAAACGGUGCUGGCCUUCUUGUUGCCAUACACUGUGAUCAUAGGCAGUUAUGUGUGCAUAUUGCGCAGAAUCCGCAAGACUCGCUUUCGCAGACGCAUCCGCAGCGAGAAACUCAUUCUGGUGAUCAUCAUUUCCUUCGGACUGUUCUGGCUACCGUACCACAUCAUAAACACGGUGCAGGUGGCAGCUGAGUUACACCCAGAGAAUUCUCCAGGAAAAGUAAGACUAGAUACGAUCUGGAAGUUGCUGCGAGCGCUCACCUCCACCGUGGCCUUCGUCAGUAGCUGCAUAAACCCUGUCCUCUACACCUUCGCUGCAAAGUCGUACAUCCGGAGAGAGGGCCUGGCUUUCAUGGCGCGGAUGUUCGAGGGAACGGCGCUGGAGUCGUCGCGGAAGGGACGGCGGAGCAAUCAGAACAGCCGAGACCGAGAGAAGGAAACCGAUGAAGGAGAAAGUCUCAAAGACUCAGAUUCCAUCACUACCCCUAACGCGAGCUCGAUUAUUAAAGUUGUGAAACAGAAAAACGGAAAGUGAGCGAAUGGCUGCGAAAUUCAUUUUACAGUCAAAGUUGCGCUGUACGUUGUUCCAGUGUUUCAUGGCGAGUUAAUCAGCUUGUGCUUUUAAAACAGAUAAAAGUGAAUCCAAGUUUCUUAUAAAAUAAAAACUGUGUACCAACUGUAACAAAAAAAACACAAGAGAACAAGUAGACAGGUGCCUAACUCAAACUAUCACCUGAACAAAGACUGAGGCAGCCACAGGGUCUUUAAUCUUUAUACAUUAACUAAUGGGCUAAACAAGGAACAGGUUCAGACACGUAAAUUUCCACAGAAUACUGAAAGCUUUAUUUAUUUCAGCGCUUUCAAAGAUCUUUUCCAGUAGAGGGUGUCACACAACUGAGAGACCGAUGAACCAUUACAGAAAGAGCCUGCUUGCUCAUCACCCCUAACAAUGGUUUGCAUGGUUGUAAACGAAGAUUCACGACUGACCAAUCAGACAAGCUUGGUCGAGUACUGAGAAUUGAGAGGGAACUCGAUGUCCAUGCUUGUUAGUACUGACUCAGAGCUCUUACUUUCUUUCAAACUAAUUUUCAUUACUUUUCCAUAACAUUUGCAGUGCUGCAUGACAAAGAUUGCACUCAUUAGAGUACAAAGAAAUGUGUCACAACGGAGAAUUAGUAGAAAAUAUAUAGAGAGAGUUUCUUAACUUUUAAUAUUCCCUGAUAGGUUUCUCAGGCCCAUUUGAACCCUGAUGACCGCAAAAGAGGGUGCAAUCAGGAAAUUAGGGUUUAAUUGAGACAACAAUUAAUGAGGUAAAUCAAAGUUUGAGGAUUUAUGUAUUUUAAAUAUGUCUGAAUCAAUGAACAAAUGUUUAGACUAUUUUCAUUUGUGUAUAUAAUGCCAUCAUUCAUAUUCAAUGUGAUGUUUUACACUGAUGCAUGCCUGCAUGUGUGUGCAGUGUGCGUGUUUUGUGAGCUUAGUUAAAGGGAUAGUUCACCCAAACAUGAAAAUUAUCCCACGAUUUACUCACCCUCAAGCCAUCCUAGGUGUAUAUGACUAUCUUCUUUAAGACGAACACAAUCCGAGAUAUAUUUAAAAAUAUCCUUAAUCCUUUCGCCGGAAGCUAGUUCUUUGAAUAUAUAGAGUUUUAAAUAUGGAUAUUUUUCUUACAAAAACGCAUCCCUUCGCUUCAAAAAGCCUUUAUUAACCCUCGGGAGUCGUAUGGAUUCAUUUUUUUUUAUGGAUGCAUUUUUUCUGUCUUCAGAAUUUGGCCUACCAUUCACAACCAUUAUAAACCUUGGAGGACUAAGAAUAUUUUUAAAUAUAUCUCGGAUUGUGUUCGUCUGAAAGAAGAUAGUCAUAAACACCUAGGAUGGCUUGAGGGUGAGUAAAUCAUGGAAUAAUUUUCAUUUUUGGGUGAACUAUCCCUUUAAUGCUGGGUACACACUAAAAGAUUUUCAAAAUGUGAGAGACCACAAACAUGAGAACAAACAAUCCUAGAUUUAACCGUUUUGCUCCUAUAGUGUGUGGUGUGCCGUGAGGUGACAAAGACAGCACACACACACAAACAGGUUUUCAACCAGAGUCCCGACUGUGAACACGGGGAAUCUCGCAAAAUCUCUCGAGACUGCAGAAUAAACAUGGUGGAUGAUAGGCGGGAAGAAAUUGCGAUGAUAGUGUUUGGAAUGAUUUUGACAGAAAAUUCACAGAAAAAAAAGAAAGAAAAGGGUUUCAGUGAAGUCACGGAGAAGGCGGGAACAUGUUCUUUACUUUGUGCUACGCCAUGACUGCAUUUGUUAUGCUUCUGUCAGCUCGCUUUCUGAUUGGAUAUUGUUUCGUUUCACGUGAUAAUCUCCAGAGCAUUUGUCCUCGGGAUUCCCCCCACAGAUUUCUUUCUGAUUAUAAAUAUUCAACAUUUGCACAUCGGGGCGGCUCUGGCGUUCUUCCGAGCAGAUUCAGUCACUCUUAACACACCUCACACCACAGGAAAAUCUGAUAAUAUAAUCUGUAGGACCAUCAAGAUAAUCGGGACAUUACCUAGGAUUGUCGGAAGGGGAGAAAUCGGCCCAAAAUCAGCCCGAUUAUAUUGUGGUGUGUACCCAGCAUAAAAAAAUGAAAUGAGAAACUUCAAUUAUGAUUGGUUGUUGAUGUGUGAAUAUCAGCCGUGUGGUUUUAAUAUAUUUUUAUAUAUGUUGAUGUAGCCUUUAGUGUGUGCGUGAACUCUAAAUCAUAUUGACAAAUCAACUAUUUGAUUUUUAUUUCUAGAUUGUAACAUAAAGAUGAUGAACAAUGUUCAGAAAUGAGGUAAUGAUGCUCAAUAAAUCAAUCAUUUCCAGCAA